AUGGCGACGGCGGACAGCUCAGGUGACAUUUUGUCACAAAAGGACGAUGAGCUAUGUUGUGAACCAUGUUUAAAUGAUGGACAGAGUCGGAAUGUUGAAGGUUUUUGCAUGGAGUGCAAUGAAUAUCUGUGUCAUUUAUGUCUGGAUGUGCACAGGAAACUGCGUAUGUUAAAAACCCAUCAUGUUAAAAGAGGAGAAGAUAUACCAGUACAGAAGCCAAACCAAUAUCCUGAAGAAAUCAGCUGUAGUUUUCAUACUGACGAGAAAAUAACAUCUUACUGUCAGUCACACCAGCAACUAUGUUGUGACCAGUGUGUGAUUCUUGGGCAUAAAGUUUGCAUUGGUUUGAAACAUAUAGGCGACUUUUUUAAAGAGUUUUCGGAAAGCAAAGACUUUCAAACGGACUUUGAGAACCUAAAGAGUUUACAAUCCACCUACACCGGGAAAAUGAACGAAGCCAAAAGAAGUCUUGAAGAGGUUGACCUUUAUUACAACAACACAAUGGAGACGUUUAAAGCUGAACUUGACAAAAUCAAGAUAGCAGACAUAGAGAAGUUAAGGGCUAUUGUCACUUCAUACGAAUGUGUUCUUUGUCAGCUGACUGCCUGGUUACAAGAGAUCGACACAUGUUCGAAAAACAAACAGAACAGAGAACUCGCCAUCCAUAUGUUGAGAAUAAAAAGAGAAGCAGCUGCGAUUAAAGACAAUGUUCAAAUGUUAUGUACUGACGACAGUAUUGUCAGAUAUGGCUUUACAACAGAUAAAACAUCACUGCUUCGUCUAGUCAAGGCACCAUAUCUUGUUAAGGCAAUAGAUAUUAAGCAUAAAAGUGACGAAAAGACAUGUACGAUUGCAGACAUUGCACUGUUAAGAGAAAACCUCAUCUUUAUAACAGACAACAACAAUUCAAGUCUUAAGCUAUUUGAUACCGAUUUGGAUACUCUUGUUUCCUACGUAAAACUACCGUACGAACCCUGGCAAAUAUCAGUUACAGGGAAAGGUGAAGCUUAUGUGGCACUUUAUGGCCUACCUAAAAUACUCCACUUUAAGUUGCCAGCAACAGAUCUCACUACGUUCAGUGUGAUUAACCUAGACGCCAAGUUUUACGCCGUAGAAUGUUUCAUAAAAACCCUGAAGGUACCGUGUUUGUCUCCGGCAAGAAUCAUUGAAGUAGAUGGAAAUGGAAAGCUUGUCGGAGUUGUUAACAGCGAUUUAAGCAAAGAAGCAACCGAGAAGGGAGAACAAUUUGUCAUCAACCCGUGCUGGUCAACACAGGAUCCAGCUAAUGGUUCGAUGUACCUUUCAUGUGAUAGAAAAAAUUCAAUAACAGAAAUAACAACAGACGGCAAGGUAAAGCUCAUUGUGAAGUCAGACAAGCUGGAUUCCCCCCAAGGCUUUUGCAUGGAUACUGAUGGUUCUUUCCUUGUAUGUAGUAUAAAUGGGGAUGUGUUCAGGUCUCCCGCGACAGACCUUACCAUGUUUCGGGAGAUUGAAGUAGACGGUAAAUGUUACACCGUAGAAUGUUUCAACAAAACCCUGAAAGUUCAAUGUAUGUCUCCAAUCAAAACUAUUGAAGUAGAUGGAGAUGGAAAACAAGUCAGAGUUAUCAACAACGACUUAAGAAAGGAAACUACAGGGAACGGAGUACAGUUUAUUUUAACUCCACAGUGGUCAACACAAGAUCCAGCAAAUGGUUCGAUGUACAUAUCAUGUAAUAGCAAACAAUCAAUAACAGAAAUUAAAAGUAACGACAAUGUUGUUACGUUACUUGUGAAAUCAGACAAGCUGAAUUGUCCUCAUGACAUGUGCAUGGAUAUUGAUGGUUCUAUCCUCGUAUGCAGCUACUAUAGCAAGGAUGUGUUUAGGAUGAAGAAGAAUGAAGACAUCCAGAGUGUGAUACAAAAACCGUUAGACUUUAACCCUCAGGCAGUGGCUCUUGAUAAACCGACAAAGAAACUGUACGUUGGAGGACAAUCUGAUAAAAUUCAUGUGUUUCAAAUCUAA